AGGGGAGCCGGCGGAUGGCGGCGGCGGGGCCGGUGAGGGGAUGGAGGGCGGCGAGGCGGGCGGCGGCGGGGGGCUUCUGCAACAGAUCCUCAGCCUCCGCCUGGUGCCCCGUGUGGGCAACGGUACCACCACCUACUCCAGCCCGCUCUCCACCUUCCCAGAGAUGUGGUAUGGCGUCUUCCUGUGGGCCCUGGUCUCCUCCCUCUCCUUCCACGUCCCGGCCGCUUUGCUAGCGCUCUUCACGCUCAGGCAUCACAAGUACGGCAGGUUCAUGUCCGUGAGCCUCCUGCUGAUGGGCAUCGUGGGACCCAUCACCGCCGGCAUCCUGACAAGUGCUGCCAUUGCUGGAGUUUACAGAGCUGCGGGGAAAAAAAUGAUUCCCUUCGAAGCCCUCAUUUUAGGAGUGGGCCAGACAUUCUGCGUGGUGGUGGUUUCGUUUCUGCGCAUUUUAGCCACUCUCUAGCUCUUCCUCAGACGCUGGAGAUCACAGAUUGAAGGAAGAGCAAAGGAUCUGCUGCCGGCACCAUCUCUGAAACAACCAACCAGUGAGCGCAAUUCGAGGGGUGCCUCACCGUGUGAUUCUCCACUGGUUAAAAGAUACAUGAAGGCCUGCUCCUGCCUCCAGCAUGGCUGCAAAUUAAGCUAAACAUUGUGAAUUUUGUUACUUUUUUUUGUAACAUGAAGUGCCAAGUGAAACUUUAUUUCCCUGGAGGAUAGGAAAAUGGAUUCCAGAGGAGGAGGCCCACGUACCUUUCACCAGUGAUGAAUUGCAGGUGACAGCGGCUGUUCUGGGGUAGAAACACUGCCACAGAGUGAUGUGAUGUCUUCGGAGCUCACUUAACGCUUUGAACUCUUGCUGCUUUGUUUGCAGUGAACCUGAAGCUCUUUUAAUGUGAAUUUUCUAAAUGAGAAAAUUAAUUUGUUUUCUUCCUGGCCCCAGCUUCCUAAUACCAGGUCUUGGUCAUAGUGAAUUUGGGAGCAGCAAAUGGAAAACUCUUUUUAGACAGAUGAAAAGUGCAAAUCUGUGUCCGAGAGCUGUGACUAUGAAUGCUGGGGCAGGGGAAAUAACUGGCACUGUUUUUAUGAAUUUUAUUAUGGUGAAGCUCUCCUGGCGCUGUGUACCUCCUGCCCAAGAGGCAAAGCAAAGCUGAACGGGCGCUACGCCCUGCUGCCCACACUAGAAAUCCCAGGGCGCAUGCGUGACCGUGCGCUGUUGCUUCUCAGGCUCUGAAGGAGCCUGGUAUUUUUAAUCUUCUCCCUUUUCUUUUUACUUGCUGAUCAUGUUUACAUUGGUGUGGCGGAACUGGGUGUCUUCACUGACAUGUAAACAUCGCUGGCCGGCUUACAGAAAAUGCAGCUCGCUGCUGCUUCGCUGGCUGCGCUGGUGACAACUGCAUGGCUGGCACUGGGCUGUUGUGACUGGGGCUCCCCGGGUGUGGGGGCGGGGAGCGUGCUGCGUUUUCGGCAUCCCACCUGCAGCGUGCCAGUGUGGGGAUGCCUGCGAGGAGCCUGGGUGAUUCCCGCGUCCAUCAGGGGCAUGCUGUGUGAACGCAGCCCCAAACCAACCCUUGCAGCAGGCAGUAUGAUCUCUCCUAAUGAAUUGUUUUAGUUUGUUUCAUUUUAAGUGAUUUUUAACUAACUCUUAGAUCUGCCUUUUUGCCUGGAGGCAUGCCACGCAGCCGGGGCUCUCCGUUUGCUACCUGGGCGCUUUCUGGGGGCUUGGUUUUUUGGGGUCCUUGGGGAAGCGGAGGUUGAACUCAAAGGAUGCGGCUUUGUAGCCGGCUCCGUGGCUUUGCUGUGAUCCGUGUUUGUUUAUCGCCAGCUGACAGUCGUGCGGGCUACCGAGGGAAGGCGCCGUCUGUGUCCAGCCUCCCAGGACACAAUUCCCAUCUGUGGUUUUGCUGAACUCUUUUGAUUUCUAAACCAGCUUGCCUUUUUUACCUGCAACAUUUCGUAAGGCCAGUUAUCUUCCAUGAAUCCCAUGUCCUCUGUGCUGAAACAACCCUCAACAGGGCCACGGGUUGAUCAUGAAGAAAGGACUUCUCUUUAUGUACUAAGUUAUCCAGAGUGGUCUGUUGACAGCUGAUGGAGAGAGGUGUUUUUUGGGAACUAUUUACUGAGGUGACUCGUAAUUUUUAGCCUGUGUUAAUUCAGGGAAUGAGGCUGUGCAUUUUAGGAAAGACUUUAAUGUGAAUCCUUCUUAGGUGGGUGAGGUCCGAGCGGUGUAACACAUACUAAACCCUGGAUCUUCGGAGUGCCCUGUGUGCUGUGCUGAUGGUAGAGAGCCGGCUUUCCUCCCGCCGCAUCCCCCGGGGGACGGUUGAGCCUCUCCCUCCCUCUUUGCUUCUGCCCCCAGUGAAAAAGCAGGAAUAAUGAUCUCUCUAGAUGUCUUUCCCCCUUCCCACUUCUUAUUUCAAAUGCCUGCACACACAGCGCAUGUCCGGAGUCCCUGGUUUGAUUCACGUGAAUUAAACUGUGUUUUCCUGGACGAAUUAAAAGUCCCUCAUGGGACUUAGACUGGGCGGGUCUGGCCUUACCUUUCGGGUGACACUAGAAACUGUGUCCUGGGCACCCGCUGUGCUUCCCUUUCCCCCUGCCCUGGCGCCUGGCAUCCCUCAGUAGCAAGGACUAAGCUGAUUCCAACUGGGAAAGCACUUUAUCAGCGCGCCAUGGCACAAGGAUGGUUCCUCUGCAGUAACGGGGCUGAGGCACACAGGGGACUAAUCCAGGCUGUUAAGAGCUCAGAACAAAUGGAAAAAAAAAUCACUUGGUGCUGGGCAAACUGAAAACCUCCUGAUUUUUACCCAUUGUGAUGACCCGAAGUCGUUUUUGGGGAUGUGGGGUGCUGCUUCACUUGAAAAGUUGGCAGCUCGGCCAGUGUUUGGAAGUUGAGUGGUUGGAGCUGGUGGUGCCUCUCUGUGCCCAGGCGCUGGGGAAUUUUCAGGGAAUUCUUGCAUAAAAGGUGAAAAAUCAGCUGCUGACUUGUCGUGACAGGUAUUAGCGCUGGGGAAGAGCUCUUUGUGUCGCCCCGGUACUCACAGACCUUCCUCCGCUCCCCCAGCUGCCUUCCUGACCUCCCUCUCCAGUAAAACCAGAUCCAAACAGGAAGGAGGAAUGGUUUUGAGUUGAUGCACCAGAUCGGUCGCAACCGGUGGUUUCCUCCCCUCUCAUCACGUCGCUUUGGUCUUCCCUUUGUGUUCCUUAUCCUGAGUGAGGCGAGGCGAGGAAUUCCUUCAGUUUUCAGCGGGUUUUGGUAGACUUCGCUCAGUCAAACUUGCCAAAAGCUGCCAAGAGCUUGCAAAACUGUCAAUGCCGAGGUGUCCCGGGCUGGGCAGUGCCCUGAACCCCCGUCCAGGAGUAUCGGCCCAGGAAACACCUUGCAGAGAAGCCGCUUGCCCUGGGGAAACGUUGCUGCGCGAGUCGAAACUCGUGGCCCCGCUUUGUGUGCACGAACAUCCUCUGUGCUGAUUUAGAUACCGCCCGACUUCCUGUCUCACUAACGACUGCGGCUGUCGCGAACAAAUCUUUGUAUGAUAGAAAACUCUGUAAAUUUUAUUUUUUUACUGACACUUCUGAUCCUGGUGGUGAUUAUCAGUAAAUUCUGUAAAGAUGGA